AUGGCUACCUCGAUACCUAAGGAUGGCGUCCAUAUCAACCUCUCGGAUCCUUCUGAGGCCAUAGACGCGGUGAUUGAGAAGGCCGAGAAAGCUGGAUACCACGAGAAGCUCAAGAAGCACAAAGUCUUCGCUCUACUACACGGAGGUGUCGGCGAAAAGGUUCCUGAGGGCCUCAUGCCCAAGCUAUCCAGGGCAGAUAUUAUCCUCAAUUGCGGCAACAAGCACUUCGCGAACACCGAACGCCGGCAUUAUAAUGGUAGCUACCAGACGGCUCGCGCCGGCCCUUCGAUGUGCCCUGGCGGUGACGCGUCUGGGCCAAAGGAGAUGCUCCCAAUUUUACAGAAAGUCGCAGCCAAGGAAAAGGAAGGCAAGCUUGUCGUGGAUAUCAUAGGCAAGGGUGGUGCUGGCCACUCUUGGGGCCUCAUGCGAAAGAUAGGUCUCGACUAUGAAGAGAUUGGUGAUGUGCUAAAGGAGUGGAACUCCGCAGGCGAAUUGGUAAGCAUCACUAGCUCAGCGAUAUCCCACGCACUUAUGCAUGGACUGCAAGGUACAUUUCCCGUAUCGAUCGGGGCCGACCUUUCCCACAAGCGCGAACCAGGGGACAAGUCGACUUCAGACCCUCAGCCACAUCUACUCAUUAUCUCCGAAGUCCUCGAUAAGGUCGUACAUGACAUUACUGGCGAGGAGGGCACCGGUAUCUGGUCCAACAUGGAGGCCAUUGAGCUACACGUACCUGCUUUUACACUCGACGUCGCUCACACGAUAUGUCCAGCAUCCGCAUAUCGAGGUGACUGCAAACGCGCGCACGCAACUUUUACUGGCGGUUUCCCUCCUAGUGAGCUGGACGACAGCAAGGAUAAGAAGGCCUUCAUCGAGGACAUUCGCCAAGCUACGUACGCAGCCUGUCUCGCCAUUUACAUCCAGGGCAUGAACAUCUGGUUAAUCGACUAUUCGCAAGUGUGGCAGAUCUGGCGUGCUGGAUGCAUCAUCCAGGUUGACUACAUCUCCGUUAACGUCCUUGCCCCUGUGCUCAAAAACAACCUCUCAUCAGACGAUCUCAACUUGAACUUCUCCUCAGUUGUCGCCAAGGAUAUUAAGAAAUAUUUUCCUGCUCUACGGCGCUGUCUUGAAGUUUCCACAGGUACACACCUACCAAUAAGCUUCUAUGAGGCUGAGCUGGACUACUUCAGCAGCUGCAUGUUUGACAAGAAGGGCGAUCAGGACGCGUAG